CCGAAGCCAUUUCGCCAGGCCGCCUGGCCGCACCCGCCCGCCCUGCCCGCCUCCCUAGCUCUGGCAGAGAAGGAGUUAACCUCCAGGCUUCUCAGCGUGAAUGUAGAGCUAUUAAUACCCACAGCCCAGCCAGUCUGCCAGAGAAGCCACUGGAGCUGGGGAGAGCAGCGAGCCGGGAGAGCCGCCAGUCGAAGCCGGGACCGGGACUCCAGGGGUCAGAACUUUUCUCGAGGACGGCGUGGGCACUGUGCCAACCUCACCUGGCCCUUGCCCAUCUUUCAGCUGCAGGUCCCAACCCUCUCUCCUGGAGGCCACCCAUGCCACCCACCCCAGCCAAGGAGAACAAACUUUCUUAGGGAAGCCACCUCUGCGACCGUGCUGGCUGGACUGGAAAGAGCAGACGGCUGGACAGACAGGGGGACUGGGGCACGGGACACCUGCGAGCCUGCCCUCCCAGUCCUGCCUCUGACAGACAGCCACAGAGUGGGCAGCUGGGGGGCCUAGGGUUCCACAGGGGCAGUGGGGGGGCACUGCCGGACCUCUGUCCACCCACCAACCACCUCGGAGUCCAGGUGGCUGGACACUGCUUCCCAGGGCCCAGCCCCGUGGCUGGAACCCCCGCGGGUCAAGACAGGAGCUCCCACCAGAGCCCCCGGCUCCUCCACACACCGAGGCAACGGGCAACCUGAGUGAGAAGGCACAGGUGGCGGGCGGGCAAGUGCAGAGCCCCGAAGCUGACGGGCUGCUGACCCUGGAGCGCCCUGGCUCGGGGACUCCUGCCCAGGCUGGCGACGAUGCUGCGGAGGCCACCCCCGGCCACCCCUGCCCUGUCCUGGAGCUGCCUCCGGCCUGGCCCAUGGGCUGCGGAGUCGAUGAUGUGCCGGCCUUCUGCUUCGUCUGCUUCCACAGGGAGGAGGAGGAGGAGCUGCUGGAAGAAGUCCCAUUGCGGAGGCCCAGCUGCAACAUUUCCUCCUUCAGGAAGCCCUCCUGGAUGUCCCUGUCCCACCCCAACCUGAGAGCCACCUUUCCAUCCUGCACUGCAGUGGCACCUAACAGGGAGAAGAUGAGCAUGGGCUGCCCAGAGCCUGAGCCGCCCCGCUCCCUGACCUGCUGUGGGCCAGGGGCUGCCCCUGGGCCUGGUGCUGGUGUGCCCCUUCUCACUGAAGACAUGCAGGCCCUGACUCUCCGCACAUUGGCUGCCAGCGACGUCACCAAGCACUACGAACUAGUCCGGGAGCUGGGCAAAGGCACCUAUGGGAAGGUUGACCUGGUGGUCUACAAGGGCACAGGCACAAAAAUGGCACUGAAGUUUGUGAACAAGAGCAAAACCAAGCUGAAGAACUUCCUGCGGGAGGUGAGCAUCACCAACAGCCUCUCCUCCAGCCCCUUCAUCAUCAAGGUCUUUGAUGUGGUCUUUGAGACAGAGGACUGCUAUGUCUUUGCCCAGGAGUACGCACCUGCUGGGGACCUGUUUGACAUCAUCCCUCCCCAGGUGGGGCUCCCCGAGGACACGGUGAAACGCUGCGUGCAGCAGCUGGGCCUGGCCCUGGACUUCAUGCACGGGCGGCAGCUGGUGCACCGCGACAUCAAGCCCGAGAACGUGCUGCUGUUCGACCGCGAGUGCCGCCGCGUGAAGCUGGCCGACUUCGGUAUGACGCGCCGCGUGGGCUGCCGCGUCAAGCGCGUGAGUGGCACCAUCCCUUACACGGCGCCCGAGGUGUGCCAGGCGGGCCGCGCCGACGGGCUGGCGGUGGACACGGGCGUGGACGUGUGGGCCUUCGGCGUGCUCAUCUUCUGUGUGCUCACCGGCAACUUCCCGUGGGAGGCGGCGUCGGGCGCCGACGCCUUCUUUGAGGAGUUCGUGCGCUGGCAGCGGGGCCGCCUGCCGGGUCUGCCUUCGCAGUGGCGCCGCUUCACCGAGCCCGCGCUGCGCAUGUUCCAGCGCCUGCUGGCCCUGGAGCCCGAGCGCCGCGGCCCGGCCAAGGAGGUGUUCCGCUUCCUCAAGCAUGAGCUCACGUCAGAGCUGCGCCGCCGGCCCUCGCACCGCGCGCGCAAGCCCCCCGGGGACCGCCCGCCCGCCGCCGGGCCACUGCGCCUCGAGGCGCCCGGGCCGCUCAAGCGGACGGUGCUGACCGAGAGCGGCAGCGGCUCCCGGCCCGCGCCCACCGCGGUCGGGUCGGUGCCCGUGCCCGUGCCGGUGCCCGUGCCCGUGCCGGUGCCGGUGCCUGAGCCCGGCCUGGCCCCCCCGGGGCCCCCCGGCCGGACCGACGGCCGCGCGGACAAGAGCAAAGGGCAGGUGGUGCUGGCCACGGCCAUCGAGAUCUGCGUCUGAGUCGCCUCCGCCGCCCUCGGACCGGGGAGCCGCCCGGGCCCGCCCCAGCCGGUGCCCGGUGCGGCGGUGGGGAAUGGAGCCACCUCGCCGUGGGGCAGGGGGCGCAGCGGUAGACUAGGCAGGACGCGGCCCGGCACCCGGUCCGUCCCCGGCGGGCUGGUGAGGGAGCUACCAAAGACCCCUAGCGCGGCCUGGUGAGCGGGGACUUGGCCCAGAGGAGCCAAGCCCCACAGACCCGAGAGUUCGGAGCCCCCCCUAACACACACACACACACACACACACACACACACACACACACACACGCCAGGAGCAAGGGAGCUUUCGGUCCACACUCCCAGAUGCCUCCCUGAGCCCUGGAACCCGGACUCGUUCCUCCUGGCCCUCCAUACCCACUGGCAGAUCAUCCUGCGGUCCCACCCCAGAUCCCCUCCUCCUGGCCAUCCCACUCUGCCCCCUCCCCACCCUGGGUACAGAAAGGGACUGAAGUGUUGGGCAGAGAGGGGACUUAAGGCUCCUGGGUACUGGCUGGGAUCAGGGCAGUGAGCGGAGAGCAGCUGUGUCCUGCCCUCCCUUCUCCUAGAGGCUGGAGGGGAGAGGCCAAGCCCCUGGAAAAUGUAGCAAAUGUCUGGGUGUCGCAUAAGUGCGUAUAUGCGCGGGACAGGCCCCGAGAAGCCAGUGACUCCUACGCACUCCCAUUGCACGAAUGAAAUCACAGCCCAGGAGGGAGUGCAGCUUGGCACUGGCAGAGAAGUGGAGCUCUCUCCCCGCCCCUCCCCCCAACCACAAGGGGUUGUCCUGACAACUUCUGGGGAUGGAAGGGCUCACAGGGCGGAGGUCUCAGCUGCCCCCGCAUCCUUAGGGCAGGGGAGUGAGUGUGGAGCUGAGGGCAGGGCCCAGCUCCGCCUGCCGGCCGCACCGUCCCAGGCCCAGGGACCUCUGCCAGGUCCUCCCAGCCCUUGCCGCACCAGCCUAGACGUAGUAGCCUGGGCUUCCAGCAGGUGGCGAGCUGGUUCGUGCUGGAAAUUUCUCCUAGGUUUCUUGGGGUCAAACAUGCCAACCUCCAAGACCCCAUCCUCACGCCUCCCACAUUUCUGGCACUGGAGUGUGCAGGGUGUAGGACCUGCAUGUGUGGGUGUGAGAACGGGGGCGGUGGAAGCGAGGGGGCGAGUGUGUGACUAGGUGUGUGUGCACAUGCAUAGGGUGCAGACACGUGGGUGUCCUCCUAUGCGUUCCGUGACUGUGCCUCCGGACACCUCAGCAGCGCCCCCACCACCCUGGUCCUCCCAGGCAGCUGUCCCAGGGCGCCCAGGCCUGCCUUGCACCACACCCCUCAGGGAAUCCGGCAAGGAGGCCCCUGCAGGUUGGUUCAGGCCCCCAGGCAGCAAAACAGAGACAACAGACCCCUGCCUCCCCCAGUGCUCCCUCCUGACUCCCUGCCCCUCUCUGGGGAGGCCUGGGACCCCCGCAAUAAGCUCCACAUGGGUGAGGCUGUCCCUGUGCCUGGCCCUCCGCCCCAGGUCACCCCUGCCAGGAUCCCUUCUGGGGUUCUGGGCCAUUUGAGGGGCUCUUUGAUGGGCCAGGCUAGCCAGAGUGAACUCUGAGCACUUUCUGGCUGAUGCCCCAACCUCUCCACUCCCCACUCAUUCCCACCUUGACAAAGGGCUAUAGGUCCCCUGCCCUGCCCGGGUCCAGUUUACAAACAGUGUGGGGUGGCCCCAGGGCCUGGCCCCGCUCUCCCCGCUGUGCCCACUCCUCUCCAGAUCCCACCUCCCCAGUGGGUAUGGGCCCUCUACAUGCCAGGUAAGUAGCAAACCCCCACUCCCUCCAAGGGCCAGGUCUCAGAGAAGGCCCCCAUCACUGCCCCAUCGGGGCUGCCUCUCCCAGCCGUGACUUCUCCUUUUGCCUUAGGCCUCGCGACAUCCUGAUCUCUCCUGCAAUAACAAGGAAUCGAGAUUCCACAGUAGACGUCCCUUGCCGUGCUCUCUUUCUCUCUCUUUCUCUCUCUCUCUCUCUGUUAAGAUCCUGUUCGGGAGUUUCCCUCAGCCAUUGUAGUAUCUAGUAUGUUAGAGUUGGGAGGGGACCGUAGUUAUGUAGCCCAGCCCCCUCAUUCCCAGAGGCACCCAGAGGGCCAGCCACCAGCCUGACCUCAAAGCAGAACCGGAACACCAGGUUGGGACCCUGGUGCUGCCACCUCCUCUGCUGGUUGGGCUGGGACCCUUUGCCCCUUAGGAGAGGUGUUGGUCACAGAUGUUUACCUCAGUUUAUGUCACUGUCGAAGAAACAAAAAAUAAUAGCAAAAAAUAACACUGUAGACAUGAAGACUUAGAAGACAAAAAAAAAAAAAAAAACUCACACACAAAAAAAUCUCCCCUGUUGCGAUUCUUCUGUGAAGGUACAGUGUGUAUGUGUGUGUGCGCGUGUGUGUGCGUGUCUCUGUCCCAUGCCAGGCAGGCCAGGGCAUCCCGGCCUCUGUCCCAGACCCCGUGUCCCCCACACUGCCCCCUGUCCUUCGGUGCUUCCCAGAGACCCCUCUGAGCUGGCCUGUGGGGUGCGGGGAGCCCCCUGGGUGGGAGGCGGGGCCACAGGUCCACCAGAGGGUCUCUACCAGGCCCACUGAACAGAGCCCCAUGGCUGCCCAAAUGUUCCCUGAGCCCACGCUAUGGCUGGUGGGACAGUCCUGGUGGCUGGCAUCAGCGUCCAUGCUUGGCUCAGGGCCUGGGGCAGGGUCCUGGAUGGAGUCCCAGCCCCAGAGCCCCAGCCCCUCAUGUCUUGCCGCCCUUCCCUCAUGUGUUUGUAAAUACUCUGGCAUCCUUUGGCCCUGAGAAGGUUUUUAAAUGUGUUAUUUACUUCUCUAAACAUGACGAUUGCUAUAAAAAUAAACAAAAGUUUAGAAAAAUGA